AGCACCACCCUGUAUAAAUCUCCUUGAUCAGUUGCUAAAAACUUCUGGUCGAACUAGCUGUAGCCAUGGAGCCGGACAGAGGCUCGGUUGCGAUUGAGCGCGAAGAGCCACCACCAUCGAUGGACCUGCUCUCGAGUGCAUGGUGCAGCUCGGCGAUCCAAGUUCUUCAGACGGGGCCGAAGGAGGAUUGCUCGUUGGCGCUGGUGGAGCACCCGGUCGUGGCACUUGAGGAUGAUAGGAGAGACCUGUCGCAGAGCGACCGCAGCUUGGUCGUCGACAGCAGCGGUUACGGCGGGACGCAGUCGCAAUGGAAAUACGACGAUCUGAAGUCGUGGAUAUGGCUGCAGAAGGCAAUUCAUCCGGAGCUGGACUAUGACAACAAGAAGAAAUGGCUCCCGCGCAAGAUGGCGGCGCCGUGGAGCGGCAUCUCGCUGAAGAAGUGGGUCAAGGAGCGGAAGCAGAAGCGCAAGGAGGAGGCGCGGCUGCAGAGGGCGGAGGUCCACGCCGCGGUGUCCGUGGCCGGGGUGGCGGCCGUGCUCGCCGCCAUCGCCGCGGAGAACUCGGCGCCGGGGAGGCGUGGCUCGGCCUCGCCGUCCAUGCGGGAGACGUCGGUGGCGUCGGCGGCCGCGCUGGUGGCGGCGCAGUGCGCGAAGGUGGCCGAGGCCGCGGGCGCCACGCGGGACCAGGUCGCCGCGGCCGUCCGCGCCGCCGUGGCCGCCACCGACGCCAGCAACGUCGUCACGCUCACCGCGGCCGCUGCCACCUCGCUGCGGGGCGCGGCGGCGCUGCGUGGGAGGCGCGGCGGCAGCGGGCGCCAUGGGCAGAGCGAGAGGGGUGACCAGGCGGGGUCGGCGCCGUGGCAGGACGACCUGGACUUCGACUUCAACCACGCCAGGUCCAAGGCGGCGCUGGCCAGGGGCGACGAGAUGUUCGUGGCGAUGCCGGACGGCAAGUGGAAGCUGCACACGGUGUCGGCGGCGCCGGACAGGAACGGCAAGCUCGUGCUCCGGAUCAAGAAGAUGAGCCUCGUCAUGCAGGCCUUCUCCAACGCCAGAGAAUGCAUCGUCCAUGACGUGAGCCCGUGCGCCCCGGAGAAGGCGAGCCGGGAGGAGGACACGACGUACCCGAUCGAGGUGGCGACGAGCAGGGGCAAGGUGGAGCUCCGCGCCGACGACUACGCCGUCUACAAGAGGUGGGUCACCACCGUGACGCACAUGAUCACCUCCUCCACCGCCAUCACCAUGCGCAACUGACAUUCCACCCCGUCGGAACUGACCGCCCGGCCCGUCGACCCAAACCGUAACCGACGGCCGGAAUUUCUAUAAAAAAAAGAACAGUUACUAUACUACAGUCGCGUACGAUGCGACCUCCGUGUUGAUCAGCUCGUGUGUUUCGGUUUCAUUCAGGCUUUCAGAGCUUCCUGCAGGCGCUGUAACGAAGUUUAGCCGGUCCAGCUAUAGCUAGCGUCUGGACCUCGUAGUAUUGUGCCGUGGAAAAUGUUUCUUCUCCUCUCUUUUUUCAAGUGCUGAAGCUUUCA